UCUGUUAGGCGCCCAAGCUUCGGAGAAAGACAUGCCUCCAAGACAAGAAAAUUUGUGGUCCCUUAUUGUGACCAACGAUGCAAUUUUCAUUGUGCAAAAGUUCAUCCAGGCUGCAGUUUACGUCUCUGUAAGAAGUUUAAGAGUUCGUGAAACUUACAGAGAAAACGCUCAGUUUUAUUUCAAGAUCUUGGCAUUUUUAAACUUUGUUCAAUGGGUGGACACCCUGGUGAAUGUGGAAAGUGACUUGGUUCUCAACAAAGCAAGAAUUACGUACGGCGAAUGGUUUGUCGUGUUGGAACUGAUUUACAAGGCGCUCACCAUCGACUAUCGUCUCUUGUGUUGCUUUAUAUUCCUCGAGCAUUCGAUGCAAAUUCAAAAUGAAACAGUGAGUGCUGAGACAGUAAACGCUGGCAGAGAAAACGAAACAGCCUGUAGAACAACGAUUUACGAUAUGACCUAUUCAGAUCGCCAAUACAGAAACCUUGGAUUUCUUAUUGGAUUUUUUUCUUUUCUCUCUCCAUUCAGCUGCGCCGUUUUUUAUGUGCACAAUCUUGACGUGCCUGUCUACGUGCGCGUUGCAAUGAAUUUCCUAAAUGCCAUUUGUAUUUUUGUAUGUGGGAUGAUUCUUUUGCUCAAGAACAGGCUUGAGAUCGAAAGGAAAGACAAGGAGUCGGUGAGCGUUAAAAUUAUGGCUUGCUGUGUGGGUUCUGUUGGGUUUGCCAGUUUGAUGAUCGAAGCAGCUCUCGCAGAGUAUUGGGCGAGCACCCAAUAUGAAUUAAACAGCUACCAUUGGGCAUGCGCAGAGCUUUCGGUUCGCGGGCUCACGGCUUCUUUCUUGAUGGUCAUGUUCCUUCAUGUGAAUUCUCGCGCCUUACCCUUCAACAAUCCAGAUGUGAAGAUCAACCACUUUCUUGUACCAGUUCUGAUGCUUGGAGUUAUGGCUAACUUUGCAGCGUGUUUGAUUGAUCAAUAUUUUGGUCCUCUUGAGAAAAGAUUGAGAUGUGAGAUUACAGAAACGAGUUUGAGGCUGCUUCAUGAGGCAGGACAACCUAUGUACCUGGGAUUCCUAAUCCACGUGUUUCUUCAUUUCCUCAUCAUACAGACGAGAAUGGGUAGGUCCAGGAGGUCCCUGGCAAGAAACGACAUGAAUGCGCUGUUGUUGCAUUCAGAUGAAACAGAUAUCCAUCCGUGAAUUCAAGAUCCUGCCCAUCUACUGGGCAGAUCAAAUGCCGUAAUUACUUCAUUCAAAGUUCUCGACAUUAUCCAGCGGAUAAUUCUGUGCGAUCAAACUCGUUCAAUAGAGAAUACAAUACCAAAAAAGCUCCGUUCAUUUAAUUUCCAACAUAAACAAGGAAGUCUAACGCAUAAGUAAGAGCUUCCACUAGCCGUGAAAUUUGCGGGAGCACGGAGAAAACGCAACCACAACAUCCGCGUCCAUGUGGGGCAAUUUUUCGUGCUCCCGUGUUUUCGCUUGAGAGGCUGGCGCAAGCUAAUAUACGCAGUCAACUUCAAGCAUUUGAUUGCCCGGAUAUCACCGAGUCGCAAUUUGAUUGUUCAAGAGGGUGGCCGCACAA